AAAGACAUUUAAUUAUGAAGCAUAAUGCUAAUGCUUUAAAUGUGUUUUCUUAAUCUUCAUAACUCUGCGUGGUAGGUAUUAUUACCCAUAUUUUAUAGAUGGGGACACUGAAGAUUGGAGGGACUAGGAAAUAAUGUUCUAAGGUUACUUAGUUGGUAAAACGUUUCAGUUCGCAGAAUCCAAGCCCUCACUUUUUCCUAAUAGUCAAUUAUUUCUUAAGGCAAUUGGCAUUCACCAAGUACUUAUUAACUGGAUUAAUAUUCUUUAUGGCAAAUAUGACUUAGAUUUUUUGGGAAAGUGUCUUCAAGAAGCUCUUGAGGCUUUCCUGAAAUAAGGCUUGCAAGGAGAGUCAUCUUAAUCGAUAAAUUUUAAAUUGGAGGUUUGAUUUAUUUUCUUCCAUGUGUAACUCCUUUCUUUAAGGUACAUCUGCCUCCUUAACUGUAUCCCUUCCCUUUUCCGUUCCCUCCUCCCUUCCUUGUUCUCUGCCUCCUCUUUCUCCUUUGCAAUAGCUCCUGUCAAAAUAGCUGCCUCUGUUAUGAGUAAGAAGGCACACAAUGAAAAAUAUUUGAUAUCAUGAUUUUGCUACAGAAACCUGGCAUUUUUCAAUAGCAUUUUCAGGGAAACAGUGGGGGUUGUUCAUAAAUGCAAAACCCAGUUUGAAUUCACAGUGUGGAUGGUGUACAAUGUUGGUGAUACAGGCUGUGAGAAGUCCCUUCCUCAAGAUUAUGCUAAUGGAUAAUUGUAUCCACACAUCCAAGUACAACAUUCUUACCUUUUUGCCAAUUAAUUUAUUUGAACAGUUCCAAAGAGUGGCAAAUGCCUAUUUCCUUUUCCUUCUGAUUUUACAGCUGAUUCCAGAAAUCUCUUCCUUGACCUGGUUUACUACCAUGGUGCCUUUGGUCCUGGUGAUAACUAUGACAGCUGUCAAAGAUGCCACAGAUGACUAUUUUCGCCAUAAGAGUGAUAAUCAAGUGAAUAAUCGGCUAUCUGAAGUGCUCAUCGACAGCAAACUGCAGAAUGAAAAAUGGAUGAAUGUCAAAGUGGGAGACAUCGUUAAAUUAGAAAAUAACCAGUUUGUUGCUGCUGAUCUGCUUCUCCUAUCAAGUAGUGAGCCACAUGGCCUCUGUUAUAUUGAAACUGCUGAGCUUGAUGGGGAAACGAACCUGAAAGUCCGCCAUGCACUAUCAGUUACCUCAGAACUUGGAGCAGAUAUUAGCAGACUUGCAAAGUUUGAUGGGACUGUUGUCUGUGAGGCGCCUAACAACAAAUUAGAUAAAUUCACAGGAGUUCUCUCUUGGAAGGACAGCAAGCACUCCCUCAACAAUGAGAAGAUAAUCCUGAGGGGCUGCAUCCUGAGAAACACCAGCUGGUGUUUCGGAAUGGUUAUAUUUGCAGGUCCCGACACUAAAUUAAUGCAGAACAGUGGUAAGACAAAGUUUAAGAGGACAAGCAUUGAUAGACUGAUGAAUACUCUAGUACUAUGGAUUUUUGGGUUUCUGGUAUGCAUGGGAGUUAUUCUUGCAAUAGGAAAUUCAAUCUGGGAGAAUCAAGUUGGGGACCAAUUCAGAACUUUCCUCUUUUGGAAUGAAGGAGAGAAGAACUCUGUGUUCUCGGGAUUCUUAACAUUCUGGUCAUAUAUUAUUAUUCUCAAUACAGUUGUGCCCAUUUCAUUAUAUGUGAGUAUGGAAGUCAUUCGUCUGGGACACAGUUAUUUUAUAAACUGGGAUCGGAAGAUGUAUUACCCUGAAAAAGCAACACCUGCUGAAGCUCGGACGACCACUCUCAAUGAGGAACUGGGCCAGAUUGAAUACAUUUUCUCUGACAAAACAGGCACCCUCACUGAAAACAUCAUGACUUUUAAAAAAUGUUCUAUUAAUGGGAAAAUCUAUGGUGAAGCUGAUGAUGACAUGGGUCAGAAGACAGACAUGACUAAGAAAAAUGAACCUGUGGAUUUCGCAGUCAAUCCCCAAGCAGAUAGAACAUGUCAGUUCUCUGACCACCGUCUGAUGGAAUCCAUUAAACUGGGGGAUUCCAAAGUGUAUGAAUUUCUUAGGGUACUUGCUCUUUGCCACACCGUCAUGUCGGAGGAAAAUAGUGCAGGGCAGCUGAUUUACCAAGUUCAGUCACCUGAUGAAGGGGCUUUGGUGACUGCUGCAAGAAAUUUGGGGUUCAUUUUUAAGUCUCGAACCUCAGAGACAAUAACAAUAGAAGAAUUGGGAACACUGGUUACUUACCAACUUCUUGCCUUCUUGGACUUCAACAAUAUCAGAAAAAGGAUGUCUGUCAUAGUUAGAAACCCAGAAGGACAGAUAAAGCUUUAUUCCAAAGGAGCAGACACUGUUCUGUUUGAAAAACUUCAUCCAUCCAAUGAAGACCUUCUGACUUUGACGACAGACCAUCUCAGUGAAUUUGCAGGGGAAGGUCUUCGAACUUUGGCCAUUGCAUACAGAGAUCUGGAUGACAAGUACUUUAAAGAAUGGCAUAAGAUGCUUGAAGAUGCAAAUACUCUUAUAGAUGAGAGAGAUGAGCGGGUAGCUGGGCUAUAUGAAGAAAUUGAAAGGGAUUUGAUGCUACUAGGUGCUACUGCUGUAGAAGAUAAGUUACAAGAGGGUGUUAUUGAAACGGUUACAAAUUUAUCGCUAGCCAAUAUUAAGAUCUGGGUCCUAACAGGAGACAAACAAGAAACUGCCAUCAACAUUGGCUAUGCCUGCAACAUGCUGACUGAUGAUAUGAAUGAUGUGUUCAUUAUAUCAGGGAACACGGCAGUGGAAGUCAGAGAAGAACUCAGAAAAGCAAAGGAAAAUUUGUUUGAACAAAACAGAAGUUUUUCCAACGGCCAUGUAGUUUUUGAAAAACAGCAGCUGGAGUUGGACUCAGUUGUAGAAGAAACCAUAACAGGAGAUUAUGCCUUAAUCAUCAAUGGCCACAGUUUGGCCCAUGCCCUAGAAAGUGGUAUCAAGGGUGAUCUCCUAGAACUUGCCUGCAUGUGUAAGACUGUGGUUUGCUGCCGAGUCACCCCACUCCAGAAAGCCCAAGUAGUAGAGCUGGUGAAGAAGUACAGAAAUGCUGUCACUUUGGCCAUAGGUGAUGGAGCCAAUGAUGUCAGCAUGAUCAAAAGUGCUCACAUUGGUGUUGGCAUCAGCGGUCAGGAAGGAAUGCAGGCAGUCUUAGCCAGUGACUAUUCAUUCGCACAAUUUAGAUACCUCCAAAGGCUUCUCCUUGUUCAUGGAAGGUGGUCCUAUUUCCGAAUGUGCAAAUUCUUAUGCUAUUUUUUCUAUAAGAAUUUUGCAUUCACACUUGUGCAUUUCUGGUUUGGUUUCUUCUGCGGCUUCUCAGCCCAGACCGUUUACGACCAGUGGUUCAUUACCCUUUUUAACAUUGUUUACACAUCACUUCCUGUUUUAGCCAUGGGGAUUUUUGACCAGGAUGUGGAUGACCAGAACAGCAUGGACUAUCCCCAGCUCUAUGAACCUGGACAGCUCAAUCUGCUGUUUAACAAGCGUAAAUUUUUUAUCUGCAUGGCACAUGGCAUCUACACCUCAUUGGCCCUUUUCUUCAUACCCUAUGGAGCCUUUUACAAUGUGGCCGGAGAUGAUGGGCAGCAUGUUGCUGACUACCAGUCUUUUGCAGUUACAAUGGCUACAUCGUUGGUCAUUGUGGUCAGUGUGCAGAUAGCCUUGGAUACCAGUUACUGGACUAUCAUUAAUCAUGUCUUCAUCUGGGGGAGCAUUGCCACUUAUUUCUCCAUUUUAUUUACAAUGCACAGUAAUGGCAUCUUUGGCAUCUUCCCAAACCAGUUUCCAUUCGUUGGAAAUGCACGACAUUCUUUGGCCCAGAAGUGCAUCUGGCUUGUUAUUCUCUUAACGACAGUGGCUUCUGUUAUGCCUGUGGUGGCAUUCAGAUUUUUGAAAGUGGAUUUAUGCCCAGCCCUGAGUGACCAGAUCCGUCGGAGGCAAAAAGCUCAAAAGAAGGCAAAGCCCUCACGUAGCCGAAGGCCUCAGACUCGCAGGUCAAGCUCAAGAAGAUCUGGAUAUGCUUUUGCUCACCAAGAGGGCUAUGGAGAGCUUAUCACAUCUGGAAAAAAUAUGCGAGCUAAAAAUCCACCCCCAACACCAGGGCUGGAAAAGACACUGUAUAAUAGCACUAGCUGGAUUGAAAAUUUAUGUAAGAAAACCACAGACACAGUGAGCAGCUUUAGCCUGGAUAAAACAGUGAAACUGUGAGUCAAGAUGAAUUUAAACCACAUAGCUACUUUUCACUUCAGCCGAAGCUGAAAUUCAGCUGGCUCCAGAGUUUGUGAUCAGGGGCUGAGGUGGGCAGAUUGCCUCAGUUCAAAUCUCUGGCAAACAACUGCCAGGGCCCACCAAAUACGGGUGCACUCUCUGGGAAACCAGGCCAGAUGGUCACUGUCUAAUUUGUGAUUUGCUGGGCAAAGGCCUCACAAUACAAACAGAGGUUUUUCUUACCAACCUAGAUUGAACUUUAGAAUCUUAUUAAUGGAGAAAAAUUUGUAAUUCUGCAUAUACAUUGAAUGGAUCUUCAAGUGGAUAAAACGAGUGCAAUCAAAAGGUAUACAUCUCAGCUGUGAAAAGCAUGCUUGUUGACAGAUAAGCAUGUAUAUGUGAGAUCAGCCUUUCCCAAAAUACAUUUUUAAGAUGUACAAUGUGUACUAUGGUGCUUUCAGAUUAACAGCUGUUUGUGACUCUCAAGUCUGGAUAUCUACAUACCAUGUGUGUUCAGCUAGGACAAACACAUCACCUUCAUGCCUGUAGAAUAGAAAAACAUGUUGAUAUUCCUCCUUUUUUUUUUUUUUUUGUUUGUUUGUUUUUUUGUUUGGGUUUUUUUACUGGUCUGAAGACAGAGUAGAUUGGAGCAUCUUUAUAGUGGGAUAAAAACCGCGAAUUUGGUCAAAUGUAUUCACAAACCCUCAGGGACAUGUUCAUGAAAUGUCCAAGAGGGGCUCUCUAGUAAGUAUUCCGGACACUUUUCUAUGACUUUUAUACCAUCCUCAGAAGUAACUUGCCCUGCAUCAUCCGGUGCCAUUAAUGAAACCAGCAUAGCAUUGGAAUUUCACACUUUAAUGAGAAUAUUCCAAAUAGUGUAUAGGCAAAUACUUUCAACACUUCCAAUUUUAAAAAGUUCAGAUUUGAAACCAAACAAAUUAAUAAACAGUAUCUUCAAUUACUA